AUGUACGACACGAUAACUGACCCCGACGAAGAUCCGAGCUUUUAUUACAACCACUCGUGCGACCCCAACACGUGGUACGCUACCGCUACUUGCAUGGUCGCUCUGCGCGACAUUCGCCCGGGUGAGCACGUCACGUACGACUACGCCUGCACGGAGACGGAGGGUAGCAUGCAUGCCGGCCUGCACUGCCGCUGCGGCGCCGCGUGCUGCCGUGACACGCUCACAUUCACCGAGUGGCGCUCGCACGACUGGCAGCGGCGGUUCGCCGGCCACUGCUCGGCUUAUAUCGAGCGGAAGAUGGCCGAGUCGGGGUGGUACGACCCGCGCGUGGUUCCUCGCUACAAAGGCGGCGCGGACGGCUUCAAGGGGAUGUUCGCAUUGGCGAGCGUCCGACGUGGCGAACCGCUUCUCGUCUUCGCCGGCAAGCUUGUCGGCCUCGACUACCUGCUGGGAAGCGACGAGCGCACGCAAGAGCUCUCGCUGCGUGUCAACGAUCACCUCUGGCAGGUGCCGCAUCCGACGCGUGGGCCCGAGACGCCCGACUUUAUCAACCACUCGUGCGACCCAAACUGCGGAUUGGAAGACUCGGUGACGGUGGUGGCCUUGCGGGACAUCGUGCAAGGCGAAGAGUUGAGCAUCGACUACGGGAGCACCAACGCAGGCGUCGUCCGCACCAGCAGUGACAACUUCAGUUGCCACUGCGGCGCGUCGAUCUGCCGUGGGGUGGUCACAUGUGACGACUGGCAGCUGCUUGAGCUGCAGCAGCGACUGUGGCCGUUCUUCCCGCCGUUCAUCAAGCGACUGAUCGUGAGGGAGUCGGAGCAGUCUGACUCGAAGCCGCAGUCUGAGAGUGCAAUGCCUCCACGUCGAAGCGCACGCGGCAAGGGAAAGGAGAAACUUAGCGACGAUGAACCGAUGGAAGACCCCCCGUAUGUCGCAUGGAUGAAGGAGCAGCAAAAGCAGGGGAAGCCGUCCCCUUCCAUCAAGCGUAUUGCAAAGACAAAGCGCGACUCUGCUGGCGCCAGCACUAGCAGCGGUCCUGGGCACGACGACGACGAAACUGGGGGCGACACGGACGUCAGCAACGACGAUCUUGAGGAGAUCGUGUCGGAAUCGGACAGUGAUGCCGAUUCCGACAACUACAAGGCCGGCAGUGACGACGAAGAGGAAGAUUCGGACGGUGCCGAAGUAGGAAGCGGUGACGACCGCAGCACACGUCGAUCGAAGAAGGAGAAGCGCCCGCCGGCGAAGCGCAACAAGCGAGUGUGGUUGGACGCAGAGCUGACAUCACUCGCGGCCGCUCGUUGGAACACGAAGGACGACCUCAAGGCGAUGCAAGGGAAGCAAGGGAGCCAGUACUUGAAGAAGCUACGAGCUCAUAUGGUUGAGAGGGACGACACUGUGGAGAAUUACUCUACAAAGGUGGUGAGCUAG